AUGGAUGGCACUAUUUUGGAUAAUCCUACACUUUAUCGACAACUAGUUGGAGGACUCGUCUACUUAACUGUCAUCCGACCAGACAUCGCCUAUCUGGUUCAUGUCCUUAGCCAGUUCUUGUCAGCUCCUCGUACUACUCACUAUUCGGCAGUUCUAUGCAUUCUUCGCUACAUCAAAGGUACCCUAUUCCAUGGCCUUUAUUUUUCUGCUCAUUCAUCUUUAUCCCUUCAAGCGUAUUCAGAUGCUGAUUGGGCUGGUGAUCCCAUUGAUCGUCGUUCCACUACUGGUUAUUGUUUGUUUCUUGGCGACUCUCUCAUUUCCUGGCGAGCGAAGAAGCAAACAUUCACUGCUCGAUCAAGCACAAAAAUUAAAAAUCGUGCUCUCACUGACACCACUGCCAAAGUUAUCUUGAUUCGUUAG